GCUCGAUCAGAGCCGCUGGAACCACUGGUGGUAGUGACAGCAGCUUGGUUCGAAUAGUUUAGUAUUUCAGCGUGUGCAUCUUUACGGACGAAAUCUGUUUGAGGUGCAUCGCACAUUGACGAGCCCUCUGCAAACAUGUCUGUGAAGCCAAACGAGAAACCAGGUUCGGAAGGCGGGUGGUUUGGGGACGAUUUCGAAAAGAUUGACCGUUUUGGAACCACCACGGGUCAGAUGGACGACUUGGAGGUUGGGCAGCAGCUGAAAGACUGGGAGGACGAGACGAGUGAUCAGAAACAACUCUUUCACCAUCCGGAAAGCAACCGGCAACCUCUCCCUGUUGUCAUGGAAACUGCAUCUACAGAAAAAGCUGAUUCUAACCUGCUGAAAAAGUCCUCUGGCGACACAGAUGACCUCUACACAUCCCUCUUGUCCAAUCAGAAUUAUUCUCUUCAGCAGGACACCUCCUACUUAUCAGGUGACCUUGGCGGAACAGGGCAGAAGCACUCAGCAGGCAGCGAUGACCUCAUCUCCGGCCUGGAGUCACAUGCCAUGUUCAGCUCUGACUCGGGCAUUGAGAUGACCCCUGGUGAGGCCAGCGACGGAGCCCACAAGCUCCUGGACUCGGAUAAAACCCCUGACUCUGCCUACAACUACAUGGACAUCAGCCGCAAGGAGGACCCCCAUAGCCCCGUGGAAGAUUGGGGAAAGACUCAUACCUCAGAGGCAACCUCACUGCCCAGCCAAGGAGGAGACUACAUGGAGAAGAGCCCAUCAGAUGGGGUGGAGGAGAACCUGGGCCCGGCACUGGACUCACACGCGUUCCCUUACGUAGAGGAACCCUCUGAUGAAGAGUUGUCUGACUACCAGCCUUAUCGCUCUCCAGAGACAGGCAGUAGCACCAGCCCUGUUAAAAUCACCCUAACAGAGACACCACCCACCUCUGUGUCACCCUCAGCCACCCAGCAGAGGCUCCCAGUGACGGUGUCAGAGAAGGACAGCAUCCUCAGCCUCGGCCUGGAGGGAGUGCCCAUUGUCACUCUGUCUGAGCCUGAGGAUGAGAGUCCUGGAUCCUCCACCCCACCUCUCACAGAGGAGUCUGACUCUCCCUCAGACCCUAUGGGCCAGGCUGGGGAAGUCAAACCAAUAAGCUCCACCCAGGACAAGGCUCCUGUCACCCCCUCACCUCCUCAGACCAUUCCUAAGCAGGCCAGCUCUCCAGCAGAGAGUAUUGACCCAAAACCUGCACGUCCUCUGUCCUCUCGUGACGCAGAUGAGUCAGGUGACUCUGAAAUCGAGUAUGUAUCAGAGGAGCCAAACCAGCAGUCACCAGGCUCUGGCUAUAUGAGUUUCAGCAACAGCUCUUGCCCUCCUCCAGCUUCCCCUGUCCCUGUCUCUGCCCCAGUCCCUGUUUCUUCCCCUGCUCCUGUUCCAAGCCACACCCCUGCUUCAAUCUCCACCCCCGUCUCUGCCCAUAGCCCUUCCAUGCAGUAUAGUAUCCUCAGGGAAGAACGUGAAGCCGAGUUGGACAGCGAGCUGGUGCUGGAGUCCUGUGGAGAAGAGAGCCCAAAGAGAGGUCACCAAGACACCAGCGCCACUGCGGGCCGUAAGGCUGACUCAAAGCCUUUCGACUCUCCCUCACCCUUAGCCGCACCCGCCAAAGCUCCUCCUGCCGCUCCGACUGCUCCUGCUGCUCCUGCUGCUCCAGCUGCUCCAGCUCCCAGUGGUCCUCCUAAGGAGAAGACACCUAGUGUCAUCAGUUCAGAAGACAAACCCAAACCCUCCACCACUACCACCACCCCCUCCACCACUCCUGCUGCUUCUCCAGCCCUACCAGAGCUGAGGGUGGAGGAGCCGGCCGCAGAGGAAAAGAGAAGGGAGAGGAGGAGCUCCACCCAGGGCCGGAGGGGCUCUGAAAGACAAGCCGCUCCUCCCGUCAUCCUCCGGGGCCUGACCAGAGAGAAAGCCAUGGAGCUGCUCUACUGGCGGAACUUGAAGCAGACGGGUCUGGUGUUUGGCAGUGUGCUGUUACUGCUCUUCUCUCUGACCCAGUUCAGCGUGGUGAGUGUGGUGGCCUACCUGGCCCUGGCCGCCCUCUCUGCCACCAUCAGCUUCAGAGUCUACAAGUCCGUCCUGCAGGCCAUCCAGAAAACCGACGAGGGCCACCCCUUCAAGUCAUAUUUGGAUAUGGAGAUGGCUUUGUCCCAUGAUCAGAUGCAGAGGUAUGCUGAGAGUGCUCAGUACUAUGUUAACGGCACACUGAAGGAGCUCCGCAGACUAUUCCUCGUCCAGGACCUGGUGGAUUCUCUAAAGUUUGCAGUGCUCAUGUGGCUGUUGACUUAUGUAGGAGCUCUCUUUAAUGGACUCACACUGCUCAUCAUGGCUGUGGUGUCCAUGUUUUCCAUGCCUGUCGUCUAUGAGAAAUACCAGGCACAGAUUGAUCAGUAUCUGGGCCUAAUAAAGACUCAAGUCAACUCUGUGGUAGGAAAGAUCCAGGAAAAGAUCCCAGGGGCCAAAAGAAAGGCUGAGUAGACCCUAAGGCAACCACUGUAAAAGGUUAUGAGGCCCUUACCAACCCAACUGCCACCACAAACCUGGCUGAUGGCCGGAGGGUCUCACAACACAUACACAUACACACACUCACACACAUACAUACACACACACACGCACAGCUUUUUCUCUCGCACACACACGCAUAUGUCACCAGAGCAUAGUUCUAUUUUGUGUGCACUGUGGUGUGUAGAGCAGCAGCCAAGCCGUACAGGAGAAACCCUACCUUUACUGUCGCUGUAACCAAACGUUAAAAAAAAAAAAAAAAAAAACCACACACACACACACAUGCUGUCACUCAGUCACUCAUGCAUUAAGAUUUAGUAAAGGAGACAGGAAUUAAAUCAACCUUAAAUCAUAAAAAAGAAAACAAACAAACAAACAAAAAGACUAGGUGUGUGUUUUUUUGUGUUGCUUAUUAAGUGCAUGCAGUCAAGAGUCUCGGGUUCUUAGGAAAUCUCUUUUUUCCGUGUGUGUGUGUGUGUGUGUGUGUGUUUUUUUUAAAGUUUUCUUUUCGCUGCUUUCUCAGCUGUGCUGAAGACAUUUUUCUGUGGUGUGUGAAGGAUCUGUCCGGCUUUAGUGCUCUCCUGUGAUAGUCUCUCUUCUUUUGAAAAAAAAAAAGAAAAAGAAAAAAAAGAUUAAAGUGUUGUGUCUCUGGGACGUUGGGUGGGGCUUUUCUUCUUUCUGUAUACCUGUAAACAUAUAAUCAUCAAUAUAAAUAUCAGCUUGUCGUACACCUACCGAGGUUUACGAUUACUUUCUUUGUGUUGUCUGGCACAAAAGCAACUAUUUAGCAAUGUUAUGAUUAGGUAUGAUUAGAGUAUCUAGUUAAGUAUUAUUUUUUAUUAUUAUUAUUCUUUAAAGGAACUACAGACACUCUCGUUUUUAGGUACUGUCAUCUAACUUCUUUUGAAUAAAAAACUAAAUGAAAAGAGAGAGAUUUGGAGGAGGAAACUCGAGCGAGUGAUUGCCAGCUUGUUGAAUCUGUCCAUCUUUGUACUCUGUUAAAUGUAGUUCUUCUUAGCCAUGGACUCUUAACUAUUUGCACUUAAGAUGAUGUAGUCAUUAAUGAAU